UCCCCCCUGAUUUGGGUUGUUGUCCUUGGAUCUCUAGAACCCCUUUUCAACCCAUUUCCCCUCACUGGUCAUUCCCUUGCGAUCAGUGUUUCUUCAACACCGCAGUCCUGUCAUACAAAACCGGGAAAAGACAUCACAAUAUGAAGAUAUUCAAAAUAAAAUGUGUCACGCUAUAGAUAUCUUAUCAGCUCUACUGUGCAAAUAUCUGAACUUGUUAUGACUUUGGCUCUUAUGUUAGAAACUUUGAUGUAAACCAGCAAGAUACUGGCAGUCAGUGUUGCAGAAAAAGUCCAAAGUCCAAAGUUUUUCUUUUACUACUUGCUUUCUGACUGUCAAACAUUGACUUCUUUUCUAGUGUGAAUCUGAAGUAACAUGGAGCAGCUCAACGAUCACCUCUGCAGGUACAAAAACUACAACUUCCCCGUCGGUGUCAUCACUGCCGAGUACCUGGAUUCUCUUCAGAGCUUUGAAGUACGAGACUCUGACAUUUUCCUGGUCACUUAUCCAAAGUCUGGCACGAUAUGGGCUCAGCAGGUCAUCAUCUCCAUCUGCGAGCUAAGUGGCGGCCUGAAUGAAUAUCCAAACAACUUUGAGCAGAUGCCGUGGCUGGAAUACCCGGAGGGUCGUCCAGAUUACACUCUGAGACCCUCUCCACGACUCUUUGCCUCUCACCUCACCCCGGGUCUAAUGCCUCCAGGCCUGAAAAACAAGAAGGCAAAGAUGAUCUACGUGAUGAGGAACCCAAAGGACAACAUCGUCUCCUAUUAUCACUUCAGCAAAGCUGCCGCUGACCUGGAGACUCCUGAGACUCCUGAGAAGUACAUGAAGGGCAACGUUGGAGGAUCAUCAUGGUUUGACCACAUCAGGGAGUGGCAUUCAAAGAAAGACGAGUAUGACAUCCUCUUCCUGACCUACGAGGACAUGAUUUUGUACCUGAAGGGGGCAGUAACCAAGAUCUGUAGCUUCUUAGGGAGAACCCUCAGUGACGACGCCAUCGAUCAAGUCGUAGAAAAAUCCACAUUCAAGAAGAUGAUGAAGGACUCAAAGGCAAAUUACGAGUUUCUGCCAAAGGAGAGGAUGAGUGCGAGCUUAAUGCGCAAAGGUCAGAUCGGUGACUGGAUGAACUUCUUCACCACUACUCAGAGUGAAAGAGUCAAUCAGCUGGUUCAGGAGAAACUGGGUGAUCUGUCUCUGAAGAUCAUCUAUGAAUGAACCAUGACAACUUUAUGAUGUGUAUGUUCUUAUUCCUGUGAAGAUCCUAAAGUUCACUAACGACUGAUUAACGCCCUGAUGGUUUCCUGUUGAAGUUCUACUAAAGUUGAUGCUGUGAAUGAAUAUAAAUAAAAAUGCUGUCUUUA